GGAAAGGCUAUACUAGUAAGGCUAUGCGUUAGCUUAACAGUAACUACUGAACAGCAGUGUUUAGAGGUAACGUCAUACAUUUUUAUUAUAGAAACGAGUUAUACAUUAGGAAAGUAUGGAGAAGCCAAAAACAGUUACAUGUACCGCGCCUGUGAACAUAGCUGUCAUUAAAUACUGGGGGAAGCGAAAUGAAGAAUUAAUUCUACCCAUUAACUCAUCCCUGAGCGUCACAUUGCAUCAAGACCAGCUGAAAACUACCACAACAGUGGCAACCAGCAGGUCAUUUCAGGAAGAUCGAAUAUGGCUAAAUGGCAAAGAGGAGGACAUAACCCAUCCUCGGCUACAGUCGUGUCUGAGAGAAAGUGAGUCCUGGCUUUUAGUUCCUCUUAAAAAAAUCUACAGAAACAACAAGCCAACCUGUCAUUUUUUCUGUGUUCUGUAUUUAGUUCGACGACUUGCAAGGAAGAGAAGUAAGGACGGGGACCCUGCUUCGGAUUCGAUGAAAUUGUCUCACAAAGUCCACAUCUGCUCUGUUAACGACUUCCCCACCGCCGCCGGCCUCGCCUCCUCCGCUGCAGGAUUUGCUUGUCUAGUUUACACUCUCGCCCAGGUGUUUGGCGUGGAGGGGGAGUUGUCUGAGAUUGCUCGGCAAGGCUCCGGGAGCGCAUGCCGAAGUAUGUAUGGAGGUUUUGUCCAGUGGAUCAUGGGCGAGGAAGACGAUGGCAAGGAUAGUCUGGCCCAGCAGGUGGCACCAGAGACUCAUUGGCCUGAGCUCAGAGUCCUCGUAUUAGUGGCCAGUGCGGAGAGGAAGCCAGUGGGCAGCACCUCUGGGAUGCAAACCAGUGUACAAACAAGCCGUCUCCUAAAGCACCGAGCCGAGUCUGUGGUCCCAGGCCGGAUGGUGGAGAUGAUUGAAGCCGUGCAAAGAAGGGACUUUGCUGCUUUUGCCGAACUAACGAUGAAGGACAGUAACCAGUUCCACGCAACCUGCCUUGACACAUACCCACCCAUCUUUUACCUCAACAGUGUGUCUCAACAAGUUAUCAAUUUGGUGCAUCGGUAUAACGGACACUACAAGGAGACAAGGUUGGCCUACACUUUUGACGCGGGACCCAACGCUGUGAUCUACACGCUACAGCAGCAUGUUCCUGAGUUUGUUCAGGCAGUUCAACAUUUCUUCCCCCCAGAGACCAAUGGAGGAGAGUUCAUAAAGGGUCUUCCCAUUGAGCACGUGGCUCUUCCUGAGGAGCUGAGACAGGCUAUUGGUCUAGAGCCCUUAGCAAAGGGAAUAAGCUACAUUAUUAGUACCAAGGUUGGACCAGGCCCUUGUGUUCUGGAGGAUCCCACUCAGCAUCUCCUUGGAUCUGACGGGUGGCCUAAGAAAACUUUGUGAUUCAAGUUCCACUGAAUAAAAAUGAGGGCAACACAGCAGCGAGAUAACUAUAAAAUUUGCAUUUAUUUAGGUUUUUACAAAUCACUGAGACACCACGGCUUCAUUACUAUUGUGGGUGCUAAUACGUCUUUCUUGAUUAUCAAGCUUUACUGGUGCACCGGUCCUUAUCUCUAAAUUAAGUAGAUAUUGUUUUAGAGGUGUUCGACUCACUGGUUCGGUUGUAGGGAUGAGCAUGUGACUUUGUUUGUCAAUACAUGGACACGCUAGCAUUGCUCACGGGUUUAACACACUGCACCAUAAAUGCAGCUCCAUACUGCAGCUGGUCUUGGGCUCUAUUCUACCUGAGACAAGGCUUGUGCCUACAAUCCAUUUCAUUUCGCUUUUAAUUUAAUUUUCCCCUUGUAAAAAUAUAAUUUCAGGCCUGCAGUACGUACUUAACUUUUGAUAAUUGUAUUCUGUAACACUAAAUAAAACAUAUUGUUAUUGUC